AGAAUAAUCCGGGGAACUAUCUCCGCCGUUGAUUUCAGUGGGAGGGUUUUUCCGAUUUCAAUUUUGAUCUGUGUCUGGAUUCUCUCUCUGUGUUGCUUUCUCAUUGCUUUGAAGAGUCUUCUUCUUCCCCUUUCAAGAAUGGCGGAUUUGCUACCCAUUUACCUCAUUGUCGUAGCAUUUCUAUGCACUGUCGGAGCCAUUGCUUUGGCUUUGUUUCAUAUCUACAAGCACCUAUUGAACUAUACGGAACCCAUUUAUCAGAGAUAUAUUGUGCGCAUCGUCUUCAUGGUCCCGGUCUAUGCCUUGAUGUCAUUCUUGGCUCUCGUUUUGCCCAAGAGCUCUAUAUAUUUUAACUCUAUCCGUGAAGUUUAUGAAGCAUGGGUGAUUUAUAAUUUUCUAUCGCUGUGUUUGGCAUGGGUUGGAGGCCCAGGUUCAGUAGUUAUAAGUUUAACUGGUCGAUCUCUGAAGCCAUCGUGGCAUCUCAUGACAUGUUGCUUCCCUCCACUACCAUUAGACGGGCGUUUUAUUCGACGGUGCAAGCAAGGUUGUUUGCAAUUUGUUAUUCUAAAGCCAAUCCUAGUUGCUGUCACACUUGUGCUUUAUGCAAAAGGGAAAUACAAGGAUGGAAAUUUCAGCCCUGACCAAUCCUAUCUCUAUCUUACCAUCAUCUAUACAAUAUCAUACACAGUAGCUUUGUACGCGCUGGUCCUCUUUUACGUGGCAUGCAAAGAUCUGCUUCAGCCAUUCAAUCCAGUCCCAAAAUUUGUGAUUAUAAAGUCUGUCGUCUUUCUAACCUAUUGGCAGGGUGUUCUAGUUUUCCUUUUUGCUAAAUCUGGAUUUAUAAGGGAUGAAGAAGAAGCAGCGCUCUUCCAAAAUUUUAUAAUAUGUGUGGAAAUGCUUAUUGCUGCAGCUGCUCAUUUCUAUGCAUUUCCGUACAAGGAAUAUGCAGAGGCCAAUGUUGGAGGAGCUCGCAGUUUCUCAGGAAGUCUGGCACAUGCUCUUAUGCUAAAUGAUUUCUACCAUGAUACUGUUCACCAGUUUGCCCCAACAUAUCACGAUUAUGUGCUCUAUAAUCAUAAUGAUGGUGGUGAGGAAGGGACAAGGAAGUACCGAGCACGAACAUUUGUGCCAACUGGUCAGGAAAUGGAUGCUGUCAGAAAGAACAAACACAUGUUUGGAAACAAGAUAGAUGGUGUUUCGGUCUCUAAUCAAUCUUCAGAAACAAGCACACCCAAAACCUCUGGUGAUCCUGCACGCCCUGAGAGCAUGAAAUCUUCCUUGCUGGUAGAUGCCUCAGACUCGGUUUCCACAAUGUAUGACAUGUCGCUAAUUGACAUCGAUAUAUCGAGCUACCCAAGCAAGGUACCUUCUGCAAAUAUAAGUGGAGGACCUAAAUAGUGGGUAAAAUGAUGUAGAAUCCACCAUUAACAGUAACAAAAGUGUUAGAUUUAGGAAUCGCUCAAGUGUGUUGUUAAGCAGGAAGAUGGAGAUAUAUGUUUUUUUUUUCUUUGUAUGUUGUUAUCUUGUUGUUCUUAUGAGUCUUCUUCCACUGGUAUUUGUUUACUUAGCGCAGCCUCUUUCUUGUUUUUGCUUAUUUGGUUUGUAGAUAAUAUUAAAAUGAAUAUGGCAUA